UGUCAGGAAAAAGCAAUCACUGAGAGCCUUGCAAAACAUUACCUGACUCAGUUUAACUUCCUGGAAGAGAAAUAACUCGGUGGGCAUGUAUUGGAGCUAGAGGAUUGGGAGCUACUGAGAGCUUGGGACCAGACAAACGUCUUGCAACUUGAUCCGGUUUCCCGGCUGGGAGAGAGAGAGAUGGCCUCACCUAAAUGCAUUGAAUAUAGGAGUGGGACAUCAUGUUGCGACAUUACAGGACAUUGCUUAGAAAGUAUGGAACAACACCUGCAGCACAGAGUAAUCCCAAGGAAACCCGAGUCUUCUUUGACCUGGAAACCACUGGCCUAGGAAGAUAUUGCGAUAUAGUGCAGCUGUCGGCAGUGAGUGGUGAGAAGAUCUUCAACAAGUAUAUUGUUCCCAAAAAGCCAAUGUCAAAGCGAGCUGAAAAAGUUACUGGAAUACAGGUCAUAGAUGGAAUUUUGUACCUAAGAGGAAAAUCUCAGACAACCUGCAGUCUCCAGGAUGCCAUGACAGCUUUCCUCAAGUUCCUGCAGUCACUGGACAGGCCUCUGUUAAUAGGUCACAAUAUCUGGAGAUUUGAUAGCCCAAUUAUUCUGAGAGCCUGGAAACGGUUGUCCAUGAAAGAUCAAUUUGCUGGAUGUGUGACUGGAUUCCUGGAUACAUUAUGGCUGGCCAAGGAAGUUAUUCCAAGGUCAGAGGUCAGCAGCUAUCGUCAAUGUCAUCUAGUGCGAGCCAUUAUUGGGGAAGAUUAUGAAGCUCAUAAUGCUAUUGAAGAUGUAAAGAGCUUGCAGAAGCUGUACACUUCUCUUGAAUUUACUCCAGAGCAGAAGCAGAAAAGUCAGUUUUCUCUCUGUCAUCUUGAAAGUGGUGAAUGCCCAAAAAGAAAAAGAAAACAACAUUAAACCAGUAAAUCUUGGAAAUGAAUGUACUGGAGCUCCAUUUUGAUGUUGACAAGGACCAGUAUAUCUCAUUCGCCAGUUUUACUGUUUUUUUUUCUCUUCUGGGAAUAGCCUCUUGUUGAUUAUAAGAAACUAUUCUUUCGGCUUUCUUAACUACGAAGGGCUAUGAAGUCUAAGUCUUUAAGCCUAUUCAAGAUGGAGAGAGUGAUUUCUAAUCUUUAAGAGAAUCAAAGGUUAUGGAUUAAAGCAGGAAAGUGGAUUUAAGGAUGAUCAGAUCAGCCAUGAUCUUACUGAUGGUGGGCUAAAGGGCCUCCUUCUGCUCAUAUAGUCACCCUGAUAAACUUGUGGUGUGGAGGUGCUGGUGUUGGACUGGAGUGGACAAAGUCAGAAGUCACAAAACACUAGAUUAUAGUCCAACAGGUUUAUUUGAAAUCACAAGCUUUCGGAGCACUUCAUCUGACGAAGAAGCAGUGCACUGAAAGCUUGUGAUUUCAAAUAAACUUGGACUAUCACUGAGUGUCUUAUGACUUCUGACUUUGACUAACUUCUGGCAUCAGAGGUUUAUCUCAAAGUUACAAUCAACACAUCAUCAAGAUGAUGAAUUGGAACUAAAACCAUGCUCCAAUCUCAAAUAGUCAGGGCCUGUUUAUAUCAGAUUCUCAAGCUUUUUCAAACAAUGAGGACUUGCCAGUUAAUUAAUAUUUUAAUAAGCUGCCAUGGACCUGACAGGCACCACAGCUUCCUCCUAGUUUGCAAAAAGCAUUUUUUCUAAUAUUCAUGACAUAUUAUUUACUCCUUGUAUCUUAUUUGCUGAUUGCUUAAGGGUGCUGCAUUCUUGUAAUAUGU